AUGGCCUCACCCCUCGCUCUCGAUACCUCUCUUUCUGGCCUCCCUGCCUCCCAGCACUCUCGCAUGCAGGUGGUCGCGGAGGUGGCCCGAGGCGACGCGCCUUGCGGCAGCGCCGAUCGUUGUAAGGGCGACCUCGCGCGCUUUGAGGAAAAGAUCGGGCGCAGACAGGAACGCAGAGAUGCUGGAGAUGCCUCCCCUUGGAGGCUGGCCUCCACCACUGCUCUGGACCUGCUGCACGGCGGGGGAUGCAAGAGUUGGAACUCCAAGAUGGGAGACAGGUGCCAACGCAAAACCGCUGAGCGCUCCAGGUCAACCCACUUUGGGGCCGACGCGGUGAGGCGCACAGCGGAGAGGACGCCCGCGGCAUUGGCGAGGGGCAAAAACAGGUGUGUGUGGCGGGACACUGGGAAGGCCAGGAGCCGCGGCAGUGGCGCUCCGCCCAUGGCAGGGACGCCGCACGCGUGA